GCCAUUUUGAAUGGUAUUCUUCAUAAAACCAAUUCUUUUUUUUCAAUUUGUCUGCAAUAUAUUAUUUCAAUGGCAAGUUUCAAAGUAUUUAAUAGGUUAAUACCACGAAAAAACUUUUGUAGUAUUUUUCGAAAGAAUAUCUCGACAGUGAAACGUUCAAUUUUAUAUGUUGGGAAUACUGCUCCAUCGUUUCAGAAUAGAGCUGGUUUGCUUGCUAGUACAUCGCUCUCGUUUUCAAGAGUUUGUGGCUGUGGAAUGCACAAUCAUAUUUCAGAAGGGGAUCAACAACUGUUAGCAUUUUUGAAAGAAGAGUUGAAUUAUGAAAAUGAAACAAUGAAAAAUCUUGAGAAACCAAAACUGGAAAUCUUCAAUCAACCAGAUGAUUUGAAGAAUAUGAGGUUUAAAUUGACUCAUUUGAUAAAUGGAGAAAGGAUAGUUGUUUCUUUCGAUGUUGACCAAACUAUUAAUCAUGAGACAUUUGACGAUGAUGAAGGGACAAAUGAUGGGCAGAUGACAUCAUAUCCAUCCUUUUCUAUUCAGAUCAUCAAAGAUUCGGGUGAAACAUUGCUUUUUAACUGUGAAUACAAUAUUGAUGAUGACAGCAGCUCGGACAGCAGUGGAGAGGAAGACAAUGAAUUAUUUACAAUCACUAAUGUUAGUUUAUUACCACAUCCUGACGCUGAUCAGACUGGAAUCUACCAUUGUGAAACUGAAAAUAUGGAUUAUAAUCUUUAUGAGCUUUUGAUUGGAAUGCUGACGGAACGUGGUAUCAACAAUGAAUUUCUGGUUGAUCUACUAAGGAAAAGUACAAUACUCGAACAUCAACAGUACAUUCAGUUUUUAGAGGGGUUGCAAGAUUUUCUCUCACAAAAGUAAAGCCAAGGUGCAUUGAGUCCGGUACUACUUGAAAAUACUAUGUGGCGCAUGGGGCUGGGAGGCACUGAAAGAUCCCCCAAAAAGAUAUAAGAGUGGCAUAAAGUGUGGGCUGGUGUUGUGAUGUAAGUCAUAUAAUUAAUGGAGUUUCAGCUUUUAGACUUUUGUGCCAUGUAAUUGCAUUUCCCACAAUAAGAGAUAGUCCUGUACCUGCAAAUGGUUUUAAAUGCUGUG